AUGCCUUAUUUUUCAGCCGACAAAGCACCGCAUGCGAAUCCCGAUACGGAAGGUAAUAUAUCAUCAUCGCAGUCCAAAUCUUUCCAUUGGCCAUUUAAACAAAAUGAAACAAUAGUCCAGAAAGCAAAAAGCAUUUUAACACGACGGAAAACGAAGAAUAUCGAGCAACUUCACAGCAUUUCUGAAAAAUCGGACGUGUUUUUUCUGAAGAAGAAACGCUGGCAAAUCGCAAUAUUGGCAAACAUCGGUUUCGUUAUAGUUUUCGGAAUUCGUUGCAAUUUUGGAGCUGCAAAAGGACGAAUGAUCAAUAAUUUCACCGAUCCAUUUGGCAAUAAUCAUGUAUAUAUACAAAUAAACUCGAACAAUAACAGUAGUAGUAGUAAUGAUAGUGAGAAUAAGGGUGAGCGUAAAAAUAGAUGA